GAUAAUCUUCAAGGGUGGCUUACAGAACCAGCCAGCCUUUCUGCAGGUGCAGAAGAGAAAAAAGAGAGUGUUCCCACACAGCUGGUGAAGCAUCAGGGUGAAGUUGGUGUUGCUUCUGAGGAACUUGGCUCAGCAGAUGCUCCUACAGACCAGAAAGAGCAAACUGCAUCAGAAAUAAGACAAGACUGUGUAUACAGAAGAAGUAGGAGACCUGAAAAGAUAGAUAUAAUUAAAUCUCUUGUGAUGGAUCAGGAUGUAUCCAGAAACUGUGAGCUGUAUGUACCUGUGUCUGGUAAUCGUUCAGCAGUGGAGUCAUCUGAGGAGAGAUUGCUGUGCUACAACAAUGUUAUGACGCACUUCCAUCUCUGGAAUGAGAGUGCCUGUGCAGAUGGAUUGCACCUCUUGCCUACCUGGAUUUCGAAACAAUUCUCUUGAAUUGCAGUACCUUGUUUGCUCUGGAUGUUAAUCUGUCAUGGUCUCAGUCUGUGGCUGCUUCUGUUUUGCCAACUCCCAGAAAGACGGUGGUUUCAUAAUAUCUGCAGAAGGGACAUAACACUGCUUCCUUUACACCAAACUUCCUCUUUCUUGAUCUCACUGGCUUACGAGGAGGACAUGUAUCGUGAUGAAGAAGAAAUAGAAAGAGAGAAAAUGCUACUUAGUGAAGCAAACUCAUCAGAAUAUAAAUUAAGUGUUUCACCUGAAAUGGACAUCAUGGAGUAUUGCAUGAAGGAAUGGAGAGGAAAUACACCAGCAGCAAAAAGGAUAAGAAAGGGAUAUGAAGCAGUUGCCCAGAAGUUUGCAUCUAUUAGGAGAAUACGAGGUGAUAACUAUUGUGCUUUCAGAGCAACUCUUUUCCAAGCCUUAAGCCAAGCUGCCCAGUUACCAAGGUGGCUGCAGAGUAAGGAUUUUACUAUGCUUCCUGAAAACUUGCUGAGCAAGUAUGACUGGAUCAAGCAGUGGCAGCUCAGACAGAAACCUGGCAAGAGGAUGGGAGAAAUAAAGGAUGAAAUAAAAGAGUAUUUAAUACUUCUAAGGAAAAAGUGGAAGAAUAUAAGUGAAAUAAAGGGUCCUCUUGAGAAACAAGAAGCUUGUGAUAAAUUGUUUAAAAAUGAAGAGGAGGAGUAUAGUCUUUAUGAAGCACUGAAAUUUUUGAUGCUUAACACUGCCAUUGAAUUAUACAAUGCCGAUAAAAGUGGAAAGAGAGUGCCUGUCUUCUCCUGGCUCCUGUUUGCACGGGAUACAUCCAGCAACCCUUGUCAGUUAAUGCAUAAUCACUUGAAUCAUAUUGGUCACAGUGGAGGCCUUGAACAAGUGGAAAUGUUUCUCCUUGCUUAUGCUCUGCAGUAUACCAUCCAAGUGUACCGACUCUAUAAGUACAGCACUGAUGAGUUCAUCACACUUUACCCCAAUGACCCGGAGGAGGACUGGCCUGUGGUGACUCUCAUAACUGAAGAUGACAGACAUUAUAAUAUUCCAGUCAGAAUGUGCCAAGAGACGAUGCUCUGAAUAAGUGAUUGUUUGGCAGACAACCUUGUGCUGCUAAUGGAGGUUUCCCAUUCUAUUUUGAAACAGGACAAUAGCAAAAUCCAUGUGAUUAAAUCAGCAACUUGAAAUCUGUGUUUUGGAAGUUGACAUCUGAAAUGAAGUAUCAAGUAAGUACUAUCUUAACAGUAAAGGUUCGGCAAGCAUGGCUUUGUUUUCCUUUAAAAAAAAUGGAAGCUUCUGCAGUCGUUUUUUUGGAAGGACUUACUCUGAACAGAAUUGCCAGAACUAUAGAUUUAUUAAUUUUAUUUCUUUUAGUGGGGCUCCGUGGUAAAACAUGAGCUAACUUUUUACUCUGCAAAUUAAGUGGGAAUUCCCACUUAAUUUAUGACAGCUGAUAGGACAUUACCACAUGCCUGUUAACUUCCAUGUCUUUCAUGUUAUUGCUCCUGUAGUGUUAAUCCUGUCUGGCAGCUUCUCUGGAGAACAUGAGGAUUUUAGUUUGUCCAGGGAGUGCAGUAGAUGGAAAUAAACUUCUGGUGCAGUUUACUCCUCCCAGGACUGGAGAUCUGAGAGGUUCUGUUUCUGCUUAGUUAUUCAUUAUGCUUUAAAACUGAAAGAAUAUAGAAUGUAUCAGAUACUGGAAGUGCUGACAAGUCUUUAAAAAAUAAUUAAAUAAUGAAGCAUUCAGCUUUUAGGUUCAAGUAGAAGUAUGUCCCACAGAUGACUUUUGGAACAAGAGAGUGAAAGCUGAUUUAACUGAAAUGCUGGUCAUACACAGGUCACUUAGAAGGCCUUCAUAUGUAAAUGGGGUAAGGUUAUAAAAACUUUUCAUUGGAAUAUUCUGGAGAAAGUGGCAUGCAAAAUUCUUCUGUUCUAGUUGAAAUUAAUUUGUUAACUAUUAUUGUGGGAGGUAAUAUACACAAUGACAAUGUUUACUCAUUAUGUUCUAAAUAAAUUAAACACAUGAAUGAGGCCUGUCAUGUAUUCUGUUUGUCAUGUUUUCGUUGCUUUCUAAAUCAGUUUGUUACUGAAAAUUUCUGGGGGCUACAAGGGAAUAAAAAACUUAAUAAAUUCA